CUUGGGUGCCUGGCUGCCUGCGGCCGCUGGGCGUCAGCGGCAGGCGGUUGGGAGUGGCCGCGCCCGCGGCGCAGGCAGGGUAGGAAGCUUCCUGCCACCUUCCUCCGCAGCCCUCGGCAGCCCAUUUGAACCCCCCCUGCCGUGCCUCCUCCUCUCCGACUCCGCUUGCAGCCGAAGGAGGCAGCGGGUUCCCACCUCCUCCCCACCACCACCACUACCACCAGUUGGCCGGCCGGCCGGCCGGACGGACGGGGCCCGCUCAACAACCCUCCUCCGCCCGUAGUCCUUCCGCACCCGCCGCCGCGUCGGGACGGUUCCGUGCGGCGCCGGGACUCCGGGAAUUCCGCGGGCGCGCGUGCUCGGCUGAUCGAUCCGUGGCCGUCCGUGUCCCCGGGACCCGAGGCAUUGGUGGGCUGCCUGGUUGCUUGCGUGUCCGCAGUCCGCGGCAACAGAAAGAAGGAUCUCCUCGACGCGGCUUUCGCGGCCGCCGCCGGUACUCCCCACGACUCCGUAAAAGCGAUCCCCGCCGCCGCAGCCGCGCCCCUCGGACGCACCGGUUGGGAGAUCGCGCCCCACUGAAGAGGAAGGCAGCGACCAUGGGCGAGGCGGCGCCGCCGGUCCCCGACGGCGACGGCUUCCCGGCGUGGGCGCGCUCCGUCGCGGACUGCGAGGCGCGGCUCGGGGUCUCGGCGUCGCGGGGGCUCUCCGCGCCCGACGCCGCGGCGCGGCUGCGCGCGCACGGGCCCAACGAGCUCGCCGAGCACCCGGGCCCGUCGCUGCUGCAACUCCUCGCGCAGCAGUUCGAGGACACGCUCGUCCGCAUCCUGCUCGCCGCCGCCGCCGUCUCGUUCCUCCUCGCGCUCUUCUCCUCGGCCGGGGAGGUCACGCUCUCCGCCUUCGUCGAGCCGCUCGUCAUCUUCCUCAUCCUCGUCGUCAACGCCGCCGUCGGAAUCUGGCAGGAGACCAACGCCGAGAAGGCGCUCGAGGCGCUGCGGGAGAUCCAGUCCGACCACGCUGCCGUGCUCCGCGACGGGGAGUGGCUCCCCGCGCUCCCCGCGAGGGACCUCGUCCCGGGGGACGUCGUCCAGCUCCGCGUCGGGGACAAGGUGCCCGCCGACAUGCGCGUCGUGCGCCUCGUCACGUCCACGCUCCGCGUCGAGCAGGGCUCGCUCACCGGCGAGACCGCGUCCGUCAACAAGACCUCGCACGCCGUGCCCGUCGAGGACGCCGACAUCCAGGCCAAGGAGUGCAUGGUGUUCGCCGGCACCACCGUCGUCAACGGCAGCGCCCUCUGCAUCGUCGUGCACACCGGGAUGUCCACGGAGAUCGGCAAGAUCCACGCGCAGAUCCAUGAGGCAUCGCAGGAGGACGACGACACCCCGCUCAAGAAGAAGCUCAACGAGUUCGGUGAGGCGCUCACCAAGAUCAUCGGCCUCAUUUGCGCCCUCGUCUGGCUCAUCAAUGUCAAGUACUUCCUGACAUUUGAGCUCGACGGAUGGGUGCCGAAUAACAUACGCUUCUCCUUCGAGAAGUGCACCUACUACUUUGAGAUCGCCGUGGCACUCGCUGUCGCCGCCAUACCCGAGGGCCUGCCCGCCGUGAUCACCACGUGCCUUGCACUCGGAACAAGGAAGAUGGCUGCCAAGAAUGCACUGGUGAGGAAGCUGCCCAGUGUGGAGACCCUGGGUUGCACCACCGUGAUUUGCUCUGACAAGACUGGAACACUGACCACAAACCAGAUGUCGGUGGCAAAACUUGUGGCAAUCGGUGAUUCUUCAGGGGAAGUUAGGAGCUUCAAGGUGGAAGGGACGACAUACGAUCCCCAGGAUGGGACAAUUCACGAUUGGCCUGCUGGGAGCAUCGAUGCGAACCUUGAGACCAUUGCAAAGGUUGCAGCUGUGUGCAAUGAUGCCAGUGUUGCUCAUUCUUCGCAUCAGUAUGUUGCCACUGGAAUGCCGACCGAGGCAGCUUUAAAGGUUCUGGUUGAGAAAAUGGGUCUGCCUGGAGGAAAGAACGGACUGUCCUUGGAUCCAUCUGAUACAUUAGGCUGCUGCAAAUGGUGGAAUAAUGUUGCCAAAAGGAUUGGCACCCUCGAGUUUGACCGCAUGAGGAAAUCAAUGGGUGUCAUUGUUAGGACCAGUUCAGGAAGCAAUGCGCUACUCGUGAAGGGAGCUGUUGAAACUUUGCUUGAGCGAAGUAGCCACAUUCAACUGAAGGAUGGUUUGAUGGUGCCAUUAGAUGAGAAAGCAAAGAAGAUGGUCUUGUCAAGCCUCCAUGAAAUGUCAACCAAAGCUCUACGCUGCCUCGGUUUUGCGUACAAGGAAGAUUUAGGAGAAUUUGCAACAUAUGAUGGUGAAAACCAUCCUGCUCAUAAGCUCUUGCUGGAUCCAGCCAAUUAUGCCACAAUCGAGACUGACCUGAUUUUUGCUGGUCUUGUUGGCUUAAGGGACCCUCCCAGGGAAGAGGUCUAUGAUGCUAUUGAAGAUUGCAGAGCUGCAGGCAUCCGUGUUAUGGUGAUAACAGGGGACAACAAAGAAACUGCUGAGGCAAUAUGCCGUGAAAUUGGCGUGUUUUCACCUGACGAGGAUAUCACCUUGAAGAGCCUUACAGGAAAAGAGUUCAUGGCACUUGAGGACAAGAAGUCACUGCUGAGGAGGAAAGGCGGCCUUCUGUUCUCUAGGGCAGAGCCAAGGCACAAACAAGAGAUUGUGAGAUUGCUGAAAGAAGAUGGUGAAGUUGUUGCCAUGACUGGAGAUGGAGUCAAUGAUGCCCCUGCGCUAAAACUGGCUGAUAUUGGUGUUGCUAUGGGCAUUACAGGAACUGAGGUUGCCAAAGAGGCCUCUGACAUGGUGUUGGCUGAUGACAAUUUUAGCACUAUAGUUGCUGCAGUUGGUGAAGGAAGAUCAAUUUACAACAACAUGAAAGCUUUCAUAAGAUACAUGAUUUCCUCAAACAUUGGUGAAGUUGCAUCCAUUUUCCUAACUUCUGCCUUGGGUAUUCCUGAGGGAUUGAUACCUGUUCAACUUCUAUGGGUCAAUCUUGUUACCGAUGGCCCUCCUGCAACUGCUUUAGGCUUCAAUCCACCUGACAAGGACAUCAUGAAGAAGCCACCUAGGAGAAGCGAUGAUUCACUGAUCACUCCCUGGAUUUUGUUCCGCUACUUGAUCAUUGGCCUCUACGUGGGAAUUGCAACUGUUGGCAUCUUUGUCAUAUGGUACACACAUGGAUCUUUCAUGGGCAUUGACCUCACUGGAGAUGGUCACACUCUUGUCAGUUACUCACAGCUUUCAAACUGGGGCCAGUGCUCUACUUGGGACAACUUCACGGUUACUCCUUUCACUGCUGGAACUAGAACUUUCACCUUUGACAACCCGUGCGAGUACUUCCAGGCAGGAAAAGUGAAGGCGACAACACUCUCUCUGUCUGUCCUGGUGGCGAUUGAGAUGUUCAACUCGCUCAAUGCUCUCUCUGAAGACAGCAGCCUGCUCACUAUGCCUCCUUGGGUUAACCCAUGGCUGCUCGUUGCGAUGUCGGUGUCGUUCGGGCUCCAUUUCUUGAUCCUCUAUGUGCCAUUCCUCGCUACAGUGUUUGGUAUCGUGCCCCUGAGUUUGAAUGAGUGGCUGCUGGUUCUGCUAGUUGCGCUACCAGUGGUGCUCAUCGACGAGGUUCUGAAGUUUGUGGGCAGGUGUACAAGCUCUUCAGGCCCCAAGAGGCGGUCGAGGAAGCAGAAGGGCGAGUAAUGCUAACAUCGGUUCAAUUCUCAAUUACUGAACCCACCGAUUGAUCAUGUAAAGAUGAUCCUCAAAGGAUGUUCGUUAAACACCAAACUAUUCAAUACAUAGAAAGUGCAGGAAUUCUGAAACAAGUACCUUUUUUUCAGUUUUCUGCUGUUUCUUGCUCACCUUUUCUCCUAAUGCUUAACAGCAACAAAUUAGCUCCCUUGUUUUUUAGUGGUUAGUUGACAACCUAUUAUCCUGUGAAUUAUGUAGUAUCGAGUCAAGAUGCUAAUUCUCAGUUCAUGGCUGCAAUAUAUGAAGCAGGUUCUAAAUUAUACCUAAUUGUGGGCCUUGUGGCA